CCCAGUUUCUGUAUGGGUGUGGUGAUUUCGGGCGAAGACUAAGUCAAGUCCUCUUACUUUGCUGGCAGCACCUGUUAACCUGCAAGUUUCCCUCAUAAUAUCUCCUGCAGUAUAUUUUUUUCAAUUUUCUUUUUCGCGGACCAUGUGUAGAAUUUGAAAGUGGAUAUAUAAUCUACAAGUCGGAAAAGCAGAGAAAGGGGACUGUCCAAAGCACAGUUCAGGUGUCAGCUGGUUUGCGGACUGAUCAAAACAGAAAGGGACAAUGAGCGAACUGGAACAGUUACGACAGGAGGCGGAGCAACUGCGGAACCAAAUCAAAGAUGCACGGAAAGCUUGCAGUGAUUCCACCCUCUCUCAGAUCACCGCCGGUCUGGACUCAGUUGGGAGGAUUCAGAUGCGGACAAGGCGCACCCUUCGAGGUCACCUGGCCAAAAUCUACGCCAUGCACUGGGGCUCUGACUCCAGGCUCCUCGUCAGCGCCUCUCAGGAUGGAAAACUUAUUAUCUGGGACAGCUACACGACGAAUAAGGUGCACGCCAUCCCACUGCGCUCCUCUUGGGUGAUGACGUGUGCCUACGCGCCUUCCGGAAACUACGUGGCCUGCGGGGGCCUGGACAACAUCUGCUCCAUCUACAGCUUGAAGACGCGGGAGGGCAACGUGAGGGUCACGCGGGAGCUUCCAGGGCACACAGGAUAUCUGUCCUGCUGCCGUUUUCUGGACGACAAUCAGAUAGUUACCAGCUCUGGGGACACCACCUGUGCAUUAUGGGACAUCGAGACGGGCCAGCAGUCGACCACCUUCACGGGCCACAGCGGCGACGUCAUGAGCCUGUCCCUGAGCCCUGACUUUAAGACCUUCGUGUCGGGGGCCUGUGACGCCUCCGCCAAGCUGUGGGACGUCCGGGACGGCAUGUGCAGGCAGUCUUUCAUCGGCCACGUGUCCGACAUCAACGCGGUGACUUUCUUCCCCAACGGGAACGCCUUCGCCACGGGCUCGGACGACGCCACCUGCAGGCUGUUCGACCUGCGCGCGGACCAGGAGCUCAUGAUGUACUCCCACGACAACAUCAUCUGCGGCAUCACCUCCGUGGCCUUCUCCAAGAGCGGGCGCCUCCUGCUGGCCGGAUACGACGACUUCAACUGCAACGUCUGGGACACGCUGAAAGGAGAGCGUGCAGGUGUCCUGGCUGGUCACGAUAACCGUGUCAGCUGUUUAGGGGUAACGGAUGAUGGAAUGGCUGUUGCCACCGGCUCUUGGGACAGUUUCCUCAGAAUCUGGAAUUAACAGGACCGAGGGUGAGGGAUUCGGG